AUGGAGACCAUGAAAAUGCUAAAACAAUCAUUACAAGCUGAGUUGUUUAGAGAAACAAAACUCAUAAUUUGGGAUGAAGUUCCUAUGCAACAUAGACAUUGUGUUGAGGCGGUUGAUCGUACAUUGAGGGAUAUUCGUGAUAGUGAAAAGCCAUUUGGGGGUAUUACUGUUGUUCUUGGUGGAGACUUUCGACAAAUCUUACUAGUUAUACCUAAAGGAUUUCGUGAGCAAAUUGUGAAUGCAUCAUUAAGACACUUUGUUCUAUGGAAGCAUAUACAUAUCUUAACUUUGGAUUUGAAUAUGCGCUUGAAUCAUGAAGACCAUGAAAAUGCUAUUUUUGCCAAAUUCUUGAUGAAGAUUGGGACUAAUCCUCAAGAAAUCAUCAACCUUCCAUCAACAAUACACAAAUGUCAAGAUUUGAGUGAAUUGCUUUCUACAGUUUACCCACAGUUGAAUAUGAUAGAGACACCGACCCCAACAUUUUUAACUGAACGCACCAUUCUGUCUGCGCGUAACGAUGAUGUCAGUGACAUUAAUACUACUGCGUUGAAUAUCUUUCCAGGGAGAUUAUAUACUUAUUUUGCAGCAGAUAAAAUGAUUGGAUCGAAAAAUUUAUGGAGCUUAAAAGGAGAAAUACAACUAGCUUGCUUCGAUGGGGAUGCAAUAAGGCACGGGCAUACGCUAGAAUAUGGACUACAUGCUAACUAUGCCUUCAGGAUCCUCCUAAUAGCGAAGAGAGCAUAUUGGGAAGUAGAGGAGAAUAUGGACUACAUGCUAACUAUUAGAUAUUGA